AUGAACAUCACCGAAUCGCGGGACUUCUCAGUGGACCUCGGAGGCAGCUUCACUGAGGACGCGCCCAGACCCCCCGUCCCAGGAGAGGAGGGGGAGCUGGUGUGGAGCGAUGGCCGACAGCAAAUCAACUCCGUUUACUCCUCCAAAAAUGAGAGCCUUAAAUGUGACGCCUCUGUGGCCACACCCCGCCGCCCAGACCUCGAUUUGGGCUACGAACCGGAGGGCAGUGCCUCACCAACACCACCUUACCUGAAGUGGGCGGAGUCUCUGCACUCCUUGUUAGAUGACGAAGAUGGAAUCAAUCUGUUUCGAAUGUUUCUGAGGCAAGAGGAGUGUGCAGACAUGUUGGAUUUCUGGUUCGCAUGCAGUGGCUUCCGAAAACUUGAAACCAGCGAGGACUAUGAAGAGAAGAAAGUCAAAACAGCAAAAGCCCAAACAGAGAUCCAGGCAAUGAUUGAGGAAAACACAUACCCCCUAUUCCUUAAAUCGGACAUAUACUUGGAGUACACACGAACCGGCGGAGAAAGCCCAAAGCCAACCAGUGACCAAAACACACUAAUAGAGGUGAUAGAGACGCCGCAUGAUUCCAGACUGCAGGGCGGAAAGCAGUGCAGGCCGCCCUCAUGCCAGGACCCAGUGAACCUGUGCUAUGCAAACGCUGGCCUUGCUCCCGCCACCAGCGCCAACGACAGCGAACAGCAAAGUCUGUCCAGCGACGCAGACACACUCUCGCUCACUGACAGCAGCCUAGAUGGAGUCCCGCCCUACAGAUACAGAAAGCAACACCGGCGGGAGAUGCAAGAUAGCGUCAAAGCCAAUGGUCGUGUGCCACUACCUCAUAUCCCACGCCCAAAUCGGAUUCUUAAGGAUAUCCACGUGGAUCCGGAGCGGUUUGCUGCAGAGCUCAUCAGCAGACUGGAGGGAGUUCUGAAGGAGCGCGAGGCAGAGGAGAAGUUGGACGAGUGGCUCCAGAGAGUUGGAUUGGAGGAAGAUGGAGAUGAAGCGAACACUAGUACAUCCAUACCUGGUUAUAGGCCUCCCCCUGGUGGUCACUUCCAUAGCUACAACUCCCACUAUACAGACAUCUACAGUGGAGCUUUCCUGAGAGACGCUCACGAGGAGAACCCAGAGUCAAUCCUGGACGACCACGUGCAGCGUGUCAUGAAGAGCCCUGGAGGACAGUCUCCAGGCACCAGGCACUCACCCAAAUCCCUCUCCCCAGACGGCCUCCCCUCUUUGGGCAGACACACCUUACCUGGGUGCUCUGUACAGGGUAAACAUCCACAGAGGCACACAGGGAAGCACCACCUCCAUCACGGCUCCAGCGGGAAGCCUCGGGAGCAGCUGGAGACGGAAGCGGCCAUGCGAGCACACGUCCACUCGGGUGUGGACGCACAGUAUGGAUCCAAGCCCCGCAGCUACGCAGACAGCACUCACCAGGAGAAUGCAGGCUAUGGCAGAGGAGGCUCAUGUAAAAGAGGUUGCAAGAAAAGUGAGGAAUUGCGUCCGUACGACGCUCCUGGCUUUGGAGUAGACAUGGAGAAGAACCAGAAGAUCCUGCUGUGGUUAAUGGACGGACAGAAAGAAGUUCGGCACAAGAGGAGUCCGUAUGGGAGUAUGACCGGCUACAAAAAGACCACAGGACACGAGGGACUACAUCAGAGCUCAAAGGACCGCAUCCAGCCAUCUCACCCGUUCAUCCAGGACCCCACCAUGCCCCCCAACCCUGCCCCCAACCCCCUCACUCAGCUGGAGGAGGUGUGCCGGCGCCUGGAGGAGGAGAACAUCAAGUCUGGAGCAGUGCAGCCCAAGCAGAGGUAUGUGAUGGAGGUGAUCCAGAGGGGGCGCUCUGCAGUCCGGCCGACACAGUGUCCUCCUGUGAAUGUGGUUCCAGCCGUUUCAGACAGCGAGCUUUCUGAACCUGAACAUGAAGGCGGCAAGAAGCAGCCGUAUGAAAAGAUGACCGUAGCGUAUUAUCUGUGCGAGGAGCCGAUCCCCUACACCACGAGCGUGGAGCGCGGCCGCGUGGUGACGCUGGGGCAGUUCAAAGAGCUGCUCACUAAGAAGGGAAACUACAGGUAUUAUUUCAAGAAGGUCAGUGACGAGUUUGACUGUGGAGUGGUGUUCGAAGAGGUGCGUGAAGAUGAUGCGAUUUUGCCCAUUUUUGAAGAAAAGAUCAUUGGGAAAGUGGAGAAGAUUUACUCCAGUGCAAGUUGA